AGUACACUGGACGAGACGUUGGAGUUAGUCCAGUUCCGGCUUCCUGCGAGCCGGAAUCACAACUUGUAAGUCUCCGACCGGAAAACCUAACCGGAACUCGCUACUACUUUUACCCAACGUGUACACGAGUGAAGCUUUGCAGCGGUUGCUGCAACACCAACCAGCUCGUCUGUGAAGCGAUAGCCAAACAUACAAUCUUGUACAAGGUAAUAAUUUUGGAGUACCGACCGGAUGAAAAAGAUCGCUUCUCUCACUUGGAGUUGGUACCGAUCGAAGAGCAUGUCAAGUGCAAGUGUCAAUGCCGCAUCAAAGAGACGCAUUGCAACGAGCAGCAGGUUUACAAUCCGUCCAACUGUCGAUGUGAGUGCAAUAAUAGGGACGAGCGCAACCGCUGCCUCCAGGAGCGCCAACUGAAGCAGUGGAACCCGACCAUGUGUAGUUGUGACUGCCUACCGCGCCCUGAGGAAUGCACUAGCGGAUCGCUCUACGAUCCUAGUGCUUGCAAGUGUUUACCGGUAAGCAUUGAACGUCAUUCUCGAUAGACUAAGUAGUGUUGCCAACAAAUGUGUCAAUACUUGUGAGGUUAAACAAAACGAAAACAAAUUAAACUUUACCAAAAGAGAAACACAACCUGCAAUGCUAUUUUCUUUGAACACUGUUUAUGUAUCAAAUCGCACAACACCCAAUCUGUGCCGCUACACGAUGCGCAACGAAACGUUUUUGGCAUUUCAGAUAAAGGCCAAAAGUUGCGCUUCUGUCAAAACUUGUAUGUGUAGGACGACCGCAAACCCGAUCGCAAAUCCGACCGCAAAUCCGACCGCAAAUCCGACCGCGAAACCCGUUUGCAAACGCUUUGUUUACAAACAGAGGAUAAUAUAAGUUCUUAUUUGCUGGUAUAGCAACAAAAUCUAAAAUACAGGAAAAAAUAUUCAGAAAUCAAUUUAUUUAUCUUCUAUUUCUAUUUUCUCGGACCAAA